AUGGUGCUGUUCGCGUUAGGAGCACUUGUGGCACAGACAAACGCUGCCUGCACUCUUCCAUCAACGUACCGUUGGACAUCAACUGGCGCGCUGGCGACCCCGAAGUCGGGGUGGGUCUCGCUCAAGGACUUCACCACCGUCGUAUACAACGGCCAGCAUCUCGUGUAUGCGACGACCCACGACACGGGAACGAGCUGGGGCUCAAUGAACUUCGGUCUCUUCAGCGACUGGACUGGCAUGGCCUCGGCGAGCCAGAACACGAUGAAUUCAGCCACCGUCGCGCCCACACUGUUCUACUUCCGCCCGAAGAGCAUCUGGGUGCUCGCCUAUCAAUGGGGUUCCACUGCAUUCUCCUACCGGACGUCAACAGAUCCCACCAAUGCAAAUGGGUGGUCAUCGGCGCAGGCGCUCUUCUCCGGAAGUAUCUCCGGCUCCAGCACCGGCCCCAUCGACCAGACAGUCAUCGGCGACGACACGACCAUGUAUCUGUUCUUUGCAGGCGACAAUGGCAAAAUCUAUCGGGCCAGUAUGCCCAUUGGAAAUUUCCCGGGCAAUUUUGGCACAUCAUCGACAGUCGUUCUGAGCGACUCGACCAACAACCUGUUCGAAGCAGUUCAGGUCUACAGAAUCCAGGACCAGAACCAAUACCUUAUGAUCGUAGAGGCGAUUGGAGCAAACGGGCGCUACUUCCGCUCAUUCACGGCCACCAGUCUGGGCGGUUCGUGGACACCGCAAGCCGCAAGCGAGAGCAACCCCUUUGCCGGCAAGGCUAACAGUGGCGCCACCUGGACUAACGACAUCAGCCAUGGCGAACUGAUUCGCAGCAACCCCGACCACACGAUGACCGUUGAUUCGUGCAACCUGCAGUUGCUGUACCAGGGAAAAGCGCCAAGCUCUGGCGGUGACUACGGUCUGCUGCCUUACCGUCCUGGCCUGCUGACGCUGCAGCGCUAG